AUGUCAAUUACGCUACAUGACGUGACUAAAUCACAAAUGAAUCUUUAUGCCUUGAAAGCAAAUGAGAGUUUUUUGGAAAGGAUUUUUACUCAACUUCCCAACGCGCAUGUUGCUUCCAGUUCUAAAAACAUUUUUGAGAGUUUCCUUCCAAAAAGAGACUCAAAAUUGAUGGCAAUAAAUGAAUGCAAGUCUGAAAGUGAUUUGAUGACAAAUGAUUUUAUUUUGGGUCUUUUCUUUGCUUCUGAAAUUAGAUGA